CAGAAGCAUUUUUCGCUAUUUCGUCAAAAGUUUGUGCGUGCGAACGAUUAAUCCCCACAAUCGAUAGGGAAGUGAAGCGUGACACCGUACACAGCGAGGAAACGAUUCUAGCAAAGUGCGCUGCAAACAACCCUCAUCGUACCGUUCGCAGGACACGUUCGUUUGAAGCAGCCCCCAUUUCAGACGGUGAAAGAGUAGGAAACCCAGGAGGAAUAAAACAUGGCUGCCAGUGCGAGCGGUGAUAAAGCUGCGGAUGAUUCACUGUAUCCGAUUGCCGUGUUGAUCGAUGAGUUGAAAAAUGAAGAUAUUCAGCUGCGCCUGAACUCGAUCAAGAAACUAUCGACGAUUGCACUAGCCCUGGGCGAGGAACGCACCCGCAAUGAGCUAAUUCCCUUCCUGACGGAGUCCAUCUAUGACGAGGAUGAGGUUUUGCUGGCAUUGGCCGAGCAGCUCGGUAACUUCAUUCCGCUGGUUGGCGGACCCGAGUAUGCGAUGUACUUGAUUCCACCGCUUGAAUCGUUGGCCACGGUUGAGGAGACGGUGGUGCGCGAGAAGGCGGUCGAGUCGCUCCGUACCGUUGCCGGCCAGCACAGUGCCCAGGAUUUGGAGGUUCAUCUCGUGCCAACGUUGCAGCGUUUGGUGUCGGGCGAUUGGUUCACAUCCCGCACGUCCGCUUGUGGCCUGUUUUCCGUGUGCUAUCCGCGCGUAUCGGCCGCCGUAAAGUCGGAAUUGCGCAUUAACUUCCGCACACUGUGCCAGGACGAAACGCCCAUGGUGCGCCGUGCCGCUGCUGGAAAGCUUGGGGAGUUCGCUAAGGUGGUUGAGCUGGAGUACCUCAAGUCGGAUUUGAUUCCCACGUUCGUACAGAUGGCACAGGAUGAGCAGGACUCCGUUCGGCUGUUGGCUGUGGAGGCGUGCGUUAGCAUCGCUCAACUGCUUCCCCAGGAUGAGGUCGAACUCAAUGUAAUGCCAACGCUACGCCAGUGCGUCAACGAUAACUCAUGGCGCGUCCGGUAUAUGGUGUCGGAAAAGCUGACCGAUUUGCAGAAGGCCGUCGGGCAGGAGAUUACCAAGAACGAUCUCGUCUCUGCCUUCCAGUUUCUGCUGAAGGAUAGCGAGGCCGAGGUGCGUGCCUCAGCCUCGGCCAAGGUGACCGAAUUCUGCGCCAAUUUGGACAAAACCUGCCAGGAACAGAUCAUUAUGACGUCGAUUUUGCCGUGCGUGAAGGAACUCGUCGCCGACUCGAACCAGCACGUCAAGUCGGCCCUCGCGUCGGUCAUCAUGGGCCUGAGCCCGAUCGUGGGCCGGAACAACACGAUCGAGCACCUGCUGCCGCUUUUCCUGAUCCAGCUGAAGGAUGAAUGGCCCGAGGUGCGGCUUAACAUUAUCUCGACGCUGGACUGCAUCAACGAUGUGAUCGGCAUUCAGCAGCUGUCCCAGUCGCUGCUGCCCGCCAUCGUUGAGCUGGCGGAGGAUAGCAAAUGGCGUGUCCGUCUAGCCAUCAUCGAGUACAUGCCGCUGCUGGCCGGUCAGCUUGGGCAGGAAUUUUUCAACCAGAAGCUGCGCGAUCUGUGCUUCAACUGGCUGAACGAUCACGUGUACGCGAUCCGUGAGGCGGCCACACUGAACAUGAAGAAAAUUGUGCAAACGUUUGGCACCCAGUGGGCGGAAACGAACAUUAUCAAUCAGAUUUUGCUCAUGUGCAAAAACAGCAACUAUUUGCACCGAAUGACCUGCCUGUUCUGCAUUAAUGCGCUGGCCGACGUUUGCGGUGCGGACAUCAUCGAGCGGCUGUUCCUGCCGACCAUCAAAGUAUUAUCGACGGAUCUGGUUGCGAAUGUGCGCUUCAACGUGGCGAAAACCCUACAGAAACUGACGCCAUUCCUCGACCAGGCUGCCAUCGAUGAACACGUGAAGCCGAUCCUGGAGAAGCUCAACACCGACACGGACGUGGACGUGAAAUACUUUGCCUCGGAAGCGAUGGUGAGCAGUGCCGCAGCCUAAAUAAAGCAGACAUAUGAGCGGGAGAGCGAACAACACACAUAACAUCGGAACACAGGCAACAGGAUCGACAACUUCAUUUGUUGUGCACACGAAGAUUGUAGGUUAAUCGAAGGAAGAUUUAUGUCGCCGUUUUGGUAACUAUUCAUACACCGUUCAAGAAUCACUCACGAAGCUAAACUAGACUUUGCCAUUUUCCUCUCUUAAAAUGGUUGAAAGGGCAGACGUGGAGAGCGAAUGUAAGCAAAAAAAAAAUAAUAAUUUGCGAGUAUUUGCCCGUUUUGGAUAAAAGAAGAAUUAACUACUUAACAGAAGAGAGUAAAUGGAAGUUACAAAACAGGAGCAAAAAGGAAGAACAGAGCAAACAUUACUGAGCGCAUGUCAUCAGUGUUGUUGUUUGUAGCAUUUUCUUGCUGCGCUAACCGUUGUCGUAUCACUUACCUUAGACCAUAUGCAUACAAACCAUGGGAACGCAUGGUUCUUCUACCGUGGAAUGUGGGCAAUACAAUGUUGAACAAAUUGGUCCCCCAUUUCCGAUAGCAAAACAAAACAGAUAGUGAGCAAAUUGAAACCUAGUGGAUGAAUUGCUCAGGAAAGAAGUAACGCGGGAAAACAAUAUUCACACAAGACGAAAGAUAACUACUGUACACACAAUAGGCACUUCUUACACUCAUUAACACAUUCUACUGUAUUUUCUUUUUUUAUAUAAAUAUGCAACAUUUCAUCGCUAGGGAAAUAUAUUUCCUUACUAUUCCUACAUCGUUUAGUGUCCUUUCGCGCUACUUCUAUGCAUUACGCAUUAUUCUCUCUCUCACCCUCAGCGUCUACAAGUUUGUGGAAAUGAAGUUUUGGUCUCUGUGCGCGCAAAUAAUGUCUGACGAACAAAUGUUUCUCACCAAGCGGGUGUGUCAUUUCGUUACGGUAGUCCUGUGAAACCCGCAUUGCGUUUAAUGCUGUUUUUGUAACGCUUGUAAAAACAGAACUAGAGACAGUGGGAGAGAGCCUAGCGGUUUUGUAUGCAAAGUAGCGUUUCUGCUAAAGUGAAUGACGAUCUGCGAUGCAAUGUGUAUCCUUUAUUUUUUUUACUUUUGGCAGGGAGAUGGUAGUCAGACUCAAUCUUUCAACACUUUUGUUUUCUGUAAUGUUUAAAUAUUUCUUCUCUAACGCCUAAGUUUAUUCUAUAUACAUAUAAAUAAAUAUAAAACACAUUAUAUAUUAUGGAAGCAAAAAGCAAAUUGGAAAAUGGCGACCGUUUGGGAUUUAGGAGCAUGUUCGGAAAUUGCAGAAGUAAUCAUACAUAUGACGCAGCUACGUCGUCGUUUUGAAAGGAUUGAAAAAUAGUAAUAAAACGCAAACCAAACACACAAAAAAAAAAUUAACUAACAUUAGGAGCAAUGCUUUGAUUUGUACGUGCGUGCGAGCCGAAAUAUACGUCCCAAAGCGUAAUCGUUGUGAU